CCUGCCUCUCUCCCGCCCUUCCUCCCUCCUGCCGCCCUCCUCCCCGCCCGUCGCCGUCUCCGCUCCGUGCCGGCUGCGGGUGCUGAAGUUGGGCGGAUGGCAGCAGCCCCGCUCCGCUAGGGACGAGCCGCCGCAGCCCCUCUCGGGAUCGCUGAGCGCCAACUGCACGCAGCCGGGCGGGGGUGGCCACUUGGGCACUGAAGUAGCUGAAAUGAGAAAGAGGCAGCAGUCACAAAAUGAAGGAACAUCAGCUGUGUCUCAAGCACCUGGAAACCAAAGGCCCAACAACACAUGUUGCUUUUGUUGGUGCUGUUGCUGCAGCUGUUCAUGCCUCACUGUUAGGAAUGAAGAUAGAGGAGACAAUGCAGGAAGGCCAACACAUACAACCAAAAUGGAAAGCAUCCAAGUCAUAGAAGAAUGCCAAAACCCGACUGCAGAUGAAAUUUUGUCUUGGGCUCAGAAUUUUGACAAGAUGAUGAAAACACCAGCUGGGAGGAACCUUUUUAGAGAGUUUCUUCGAACAGAGUAUAGUGAAGAGAACCUGCUUUUCUGGCUCGCGUGUGAAGAUCUAAAGAAGGAACAGAACAAGAAAGUUAUUGAAGAAAAAGCAAGACUUAUAUAUGAAGAUUACAUUUCUAUACUUUCACCAAAAGAGGUUAGUCUUGACUCCCGUGUGAGAGAAGUGAUCAACAGAAACUUGCUGGAUCCCAGUCCUCAUAUGUAUGAAGAUGCCCAACUCCAGAUAUACACCCUAAUGCACAGAGACUCUUUCCCAAGGUUUUUGAACUCUCAAAUUUAUAAGUCUCUUGUUGAAAGUAUUACAGGAUCUACUUCCGAAACUUAGUUUUAAUUUUCAAAUAAAAUAACUUGAUUUUUUCAGGGGUGGGCGGGACAGAAGAAAAGUAGUUUAAUAACAUCUGGAGCUGGGUUCCUGGAGAACUACAGUUUAGCUCUACUCAGGCUACUGUGAAGAAAACAAAUACAUACUAUGAUCUCUGUCUACAUUUUUACCAAGGUCCUCCUUGCUUGAAAUAGCAUGGGAGGGAAACAAUGGAUUUGCCAAAAUACAUUUGUUUCACACUCCUUUCACCCAACUGCAGUCAAGAUUGCAAUGAUGUAUUUGUAGUUUUAUGAACAGUCUCCUUGUGUAUCCUCACAUUGCAUGUGCAAGGUAAAACUGCUUCACUUACCACUUAGUUGUUGCAAUAUUUAAUCCAAUAACAUAAAUUAUAUCUGUAUUUAUGAACUUUUUUUGUGCAAUACGGUCUAAUGGUACAUAGAAACAACUGCAGCAAACCAGAAAGAGGCUUGCAUUUUUUAACAUCACUAACUGAAAAAAGCCAAUUUUUAAGGUGUAGCAUUACUCAACAUGCUCUACUGAGUACAGUACACUGACUUUUUGAAGCCAAUAUUUCUGUACAGAAAAAGAAAGAGCUAUUUAUCACUGUUUAUGUAAAAUAAAUCAAGUGGAGGAUUCCUCUGGUUGUUCACUGCCAAAACUGUGGCAUUUUCAUUACAGAGUUUGCAAUGUCAAAAAGGAAAAAGGAAAAAAAAAAGGAGGGAAAAAAAAAAAGCACAAACUACUUAAAGGGAUCCGUAUCUGGGUGACACAAUCUAUGCGCUGAUAUUGUUUAAUUGUUAAAAGAACAAAGAUUUUCAAUGUACAUUUCAGAUGUCAGAUACUGUAAUUGAUUUAUUAAAGACUGGCUAUCCAGUUCUAACACUGUUGUAUAAUGUUAUGUACUUCAGCAAAAAAAAAAAAAAAAAAGAAGAAAACAAAAACAAGAACAAACACAGAAAGCUUGAUAACUUAGUUUUUUUUAAUAAAGAAAUUUAAUAAAAGAUUGCCUACAUGUAGCAUUUUAGAGCAUUCUAGAACAUUUUGAUGAAUUGCAUCUGUCCUGUAAGAUUCUUUUUUUUUUUUGAAGGCUAAAUCCAGUCAAAAAAUGUUUUUAAGCAAAAGUAAUGUUUUACAAGGUGGUGGGUUAAAGAAGACUUAGCUUCUAGCCUCACUGAUUUUAAGUAACUCCUUGAAAACAAGGAGUUUGGAGUGUAAUAUUAAACCAAAUUUCAAGGGCUCCUAAAUCUGCAGUUCUUACCCAAGCAAAAUGCCUACUGAAACUCAAUGGGUGUCUUUCCUGGGUAGAGGGUCCUUUUAUUGAGCCCUAAAUCAGAGCUAAUGCAGCACAGUGCUCCAAUCGCUUUUCUGCCAUGGUGUUUUUAGCAGGUGUUUGCUUGGCCUUUUUAUCCAAAAAUGUCCAAUUUUAGGAUGCAUUUUGAUGCCUAAAGAGAGAGUGACUUGGAAUUUAAAAAAAAUCAACAUCUUCAUACCUACCGUAUAUGAGACAAAUGAGUGUUAGCAUCCCUCACAAACUUCUAAGGAUAAAUCAUGAGAUUGCUUUGAAUGCUUGUUAAAUAUAUAUAUGUAUGUAUGUUUGUGUAUAUAUAUAUAUUUAACACUGUCAGCUCUGGUCUUGUACUAAGACUUUAGAGGCAGGGUUCUUCUCACUUUCCUAGGACUAAAUACAGCAUACUCCCAUUGCUUUUGAUGGGUCCAAAAGGUUUUACAGUUGUGUAACUGAGUGGAAUCUGGCCCCAGCAAACUUGGCUCCAACCAGCAAGCUACUCCUUGGUGCCAGCUCUUGCUGAAAUCGCUGCUACCGAGGCUGCUCUGGCUCUACACAGUAGCUGGUAGGAAACAGGUAUUAGUUUAUUUCCUGGGGCUUAUUUUUUCCUUUAUUUUACUACCUCUCUCCCUUUUUUUUUUCCUCUUAAUUUAUUGAACAUGCUUCAAAUAGCAAGUCUGGGGAAUUUUUUAAUCAUUCUUUUUACUUGAAACCUGUGUGCUUUUUUUGGAUAUAUGAGAACAAUCUAACAAACUGUUUCUUAAACUCAUUUGGUUUUGUAAUUUAUAUAGAAUUCAGGAGAUGAUUAAAAGGGCUAUUCUCUAUUCCCUAUGCAACUAUUUUAACUGUUGUAGUGUUUGACAGAAUGGGAUCUAAAAAAAAAUCUGCAAAGUGGAAAACAAAUCUGUUUACAGUGGCGUUGCUGACUAUCCUACCAUAUUCAGCACUUUUAAAUAUUGUUAUUUAUGAAAAUGUAGUUUAAAAUGCAAGACAAAAUAUUUAUAAAUGUUUCUUUUAAUAAAUAACUGUUUUGUCUGAAA